AUGUCAUCCACCCCUCGCAGCGGCAAAUCCUCAUCAACCAACACCCUCAAACGGCUCACUCAUGAACUGCAAGAUCUCCAAUCCUCGCCCAACGAAGCGGUCCUUCACCUCGGUCCCGUCAACGAGGAAGAUUUAUUCCAGUGGGAGGCCGUCCUGAAAGGUCCUCGAGACCCCGCCUCGCCGUAUCACGGCGGGUUAUGGCUUCUGUCCAUCACCGUGCCUCCGACCUACCCAUUCACCCCUCCCAAAGUCCAAUUCAUCACGCCCAUAUGCCACCCGAACGUGCAUUUCUCCACGGGAGAGAUUUGUCUGACAUUGCUGAGCGGCGAACAUUGGGCACCCUCGUAUACACUGAGCACUACCAUGGGCGCUAUUCAACAGCUGCUUAUUUCUCCGGGUUUGGACAGCCCUUUGAAUGUGGAUAUCGCGAAUCUGUACAGAGAAAACGACAACAUUGGAGCAGAGAGCCUAGUGAGAUUCUGGACAGGUGCUAAGAGAUGGGCUGGCGAGGGCAAAGGUGGGUGGUUGAGUGAGAGGAGGAGAGGAACAGGCGGAAAACUGGGAGAGUGA